UUCGGGAGCCCUCGACCGCGGCCUAACCGUAAUCGGGCCGACUCGUCUCUCUCCGGCGCCGGGACCGGGGCGCGGAGGCGCUUGGGUGUUUGGGGCCGGCGGCCUGGACCGGAAGUGCGUGGGCUGCCGGCUUGGCUCUGCUUGGGGUUUUCAGGAAACGCGGCAGCGGCACCCUGAGCGCUGCGGGCACGGUGUCGGGGUGCCCCGGGCGCGGCCGGGGGCGGCCAGCGGGGCAGAAGCCCUUCCCUGGGCCGGGUCAGCCUCGGUGUUCGCGGCCUCCCACCCCCGGGGGGGGGGGAGCAGAGUCGCCGCCGCCGCUCCCGGCUCGAGCCGAGCUGCCCUUCGCGACCUGGGAUCGACCGCAGGCUCUCCCGGGGCUCCGCAGGAUGCCAUUGGAAUCAUCUUCCUCUCCCUCUCCCUUACCUUCAGUACCAGACAAUAUUACUGACUCUUCUCUUCCUCCAAUGUCUUACGUCACUUCCCAGGAGAUGAAGUGUAUUCUUCAUUGGUUUGCCAGUUGGUCAAGUCCCCAGCGUGAACGUUUCCUGCAGGACUUGGUAGCCAAGGCAGUGCCGGGAAAGUUGCAGCCGUUGCUGGAAAGUCUGGAGCAGCUUAGUGUGUCCGGGACAGACCGACCACCUUGUAUCUUUGAGUGCCAGCUACGUCUUUGGGACCAGUGGUUUCGAGGUUGGGCUGAGGAGGAGCGCAAUGAAUUUGUCAGGCAGCUGGAGGUCAGUGAGCCAGACUUUGUGGCAAAGUUUUACCAGGCAGUGGCCGCGACAGCUGGUAAAGACUGAUAAGCAUUAAAAUAAAAGAUGGUUGUAGGUGAUGGAGCGGAGGUGCGGCUUUGCAAGUGAGAACUUCCAGUGCAUGAUUUAAGUCUGAGGAUGGUAUCCCGAUCAACUCACUGCAGCUGCUGAGUGGUGCAAGCUUGGUUCAUUCGAGGUGAAAAGUGUACCAACUGGACUCUCUGUAAAUGUUUUCCAUCUAAGCAAGUCCAGGCUAGCACAUCAGAAGUCUGGCUCCUACCUUAUGUCUUUCCAGAUGUCAGACCCUCAAAAACAUCAUGCUUUUGCAACUUUUAAUUGAGAGGAACCUACUCGAGCCUAUUAUUAAUUAGGUCAGGGAACACAGACUCUAUCUCCUCUAGGAGCAGGAGAGAAAUGCAAUAGAAAGUCAUAUUUUUUGUGUUUUUGCUACAUCUAGAUGACUGCUUUCAUCACCCCAGAUCUAAUUAUGUGACAUUUCAACCACUAAUGAUGAGUUAUUAAAAUUAUGGACAGUCAGGAACAGGAGACAUUUAAUCACUGUCCUCCUCACUGAUGAGUAUCUAAAUCCAGAUAGCAAUGGCUUCUUUCUAAAGCACAGGUGACGUCCUUGCAGAUGGUAGUAGACAUUCCUGUUCUGUAAGUUUGUCCUACAAGAACGUAAAGGGAAGUGAUUCUUUUCACAGAUCAUAGGGGUUAUUUUUUUAUUAAAAUGAAUGAUGAAUCUUUAGAAUCUCAAGCUUUUUUUUUUUUUUUCAUUGCAAGCCCAGCAUAGUGUAGAUAUCUAAAGAAAAAAAUUAUAUAGAUAGUAUAGAUAGUAGAACUGACUUUCCAUUCUGGUGUCUUCCCAGAAAUAGUGUUCAUCUUAUCCCAGUCAAGCUCUGGGUAACUUCACACCUCCCUCAUUUCUCCAGCUGGGCCUCUUGUGCCUUGCAGCUCUUGUGAGUGGUGAGGGGCCAGUGGUCCCACCCGAAGAGUAGCCCGUUUCUGGUAGGCCAUGCUUCCUAGUGCACCCAUGAGGAUAAGCAGUGUUAGGCAGAGCCCCAGGGACAGAUGUAGGUGGGUCGCAGAGUGAUUCUGAUCCGAGGUAACCAACAACCUGGGAACACAGAGGUAGCACUUAGUCUGGAAUAAUGCUGGGGCUUAGAUAGAGAGCUUUACUUGCAUUAUAGGAUAUAGAACUCAGGAAACCCCGCUCUUUCCAAAGCAGUAAGCUAAGCAGGCAACAAGGAAUGUGGAAUUAGAAAGUGAGAAUGAGCUCAAGAUCUAGGUCUUCCAGUGACCUAAACUGUUGGCAGGAGACCUAACACAGCAGUGACGUAUCUGCUUGGGGGAAAGAGUAGCCCAGGAGGUGGUGCAGUGGAUGGUGGAUGUGGUCUCAAGCACGAAGUCCCGGGUUUGAUCCUAGACUUGCAUGUGCCAGAAUGAUGCUAUGGCUCUUUUUCUCCUCCUCCUCCUCCUAAAUCUUUUUAAUAAAACUGGAAAAAAAAAAUU